AUGAUGAUCGAUGAGAAAGAAGGGACUUCUGAUGUAACAUCUUCCUUCUGUAAGGAAUGGUUCAAGGACGCUCGUUCUGUCCUCGUUCUUGGUGAUGGGAAUUUCAGUUUCUGUCUUGCGGUCGCCGAAGCGGAGCCUAACCUCCUCAUUACAGCAACGGUGCUGGAUUCGGAAGCGGAAUUCAUGGCCCGUUACCCUUGUAAUCCUAAUGUAGAACUACUUCGACAACAUAGUAAUGUGAAGCUAAUGUUUUCCAUCGACGCUACCGCAUUACCCGAGGAGUGGGCUGGUAAAUUCCACUACAUUGUGAUGAAUUUCCCACAUCCGGGAGGAAAAACCAAUCUCAGGAAAAGUCGGCACUUAGCCAGUGCAAUUUUUCAUGGAGUAAGUCGAAUAAUGACAGUGGAAACUGAGUUCUACCUUGCCUUAGCGCAAGGUCAAGCGGGUGUCCAGAACAAUGUGGGGACAAUAUGGACGAGUUCUGCGCCAGCACAUGAGCGGGACAGCUGGCAGGUGCUAUACCUUGCUGCUGACGAAGGUUUGCUACUUGUGGAUGCGUGCGCUUUCCCUGCCGGAGCUUUCGUAGGAUACUCUUCUUCGGGAUACAAAUCUUCAGCGAGGGGAUUCAACAACUCUAAAGGAGCGCAAAGGCUGCUGUUUCGGAAAUCCCCAGUUCUUAGAUCGUUACGUGAAGUUUCCUCCAUUGGAUGUGUCCACCGGGAUUUCCACAUAUUUCGGCCAUACUUCUUCCACGAUGUUUCUUUCCUGUUUUCCAGAGAUAUUCAACAAGACGAAGAAAUUGUCUUUGAAAUGUUACGAAGUCUCACCGGCUCAGCAGUUAUCAACAUUGAAGAAAUAAAAGCGCUCAGGUCCAUGUGUCCUAGCCCAUAUCUACCGAAUAGGAUCUAUCGUUUGACUUGGCAGGUCGUAGCUGUUGCCGUUGGAAAGCAAUUAUGUAACGACUUACAAGAGCAGCUCCGUAGCCAGAUCCAAAUCGCUAUAAAGGAUCGUGACCUACCUCUAAUCCUCACUUGA